GCUUUAACUACAGCACGCGCACCACACCGGGACUUUAUCACAGUAUCUGGAACAUGAAUAGCGCGUGGAUCUUUUUGUGCGCGAUCUGCAUCUGGCAUCCGGUUCAAGGAACUUAUCCAUCCACGGGCUGCACAUGCAACGGAAAGGCUCUGUACUGUGUGCGCGACUCCUUGGGCUUGCGCUGUGCAAACUGCCAAGACAACACUGAAGGCCGGCACUGUGAGAGCUGUACGGAAGGAUACUUCCACCAGAGAGCUGGAGAGGGCUGCCUGCCCUGCUCCUGCAACCCUGUAGGCUCUGAGGGCCCAGGAUGUGACAGUCAGGGACAGUGUGUGUGUAAGCAAGGUGCUCAGGGGGCCAAGUGUGACCUCUGCGCUAACGGAUCUCCAAUCACAGCCAAUGGUUGUGCAUCGCUGCAGCAGAAAACCUGUUUCUGUAACGGUCAUUCAAAUGAGUGCUCCCAAGCCCAGGGUUACUCAGUUUACAACAUCAUCUCAACAUUUGAUCAAGGGAUGGACGGCUGGAAGGUCAUCACUGCUCCAAGCGUGAGUCCGUCCCACGUGGAAUACCGCUGGUCUCCAGCACACCACAGCACUGAGGUCUACUCUUCAGAUGUGUUACCUGUUUACCUGUCUGCUCCAGCCCAAUAUCUCGGAAACCAGGUUCUGAGCUACGGUCAGACUCUUUCCUUCGUUCUCCGGCUGAGCCGAGGAGUUCGCUAUCCUUCUACCUCAGAUGUCGUGUUAGAAGGCUCUGGACUGACGGUUUCUGCUCCGCUGGGAAAUAUGAGAUCUGCCAUUCCCUGUGGAAAGAAAAUCACCUACACUUUCAGGCUAGACGAACAACCCAGCAGCAAAUGGAAACCCCAGCUCUCAGCGCAAGCAUUUCAAACCCUUUUGAGCAACCUCACAGCCAUCAAAAUCCGAGCCACUUUUGGUGAAGGAGGACGUGGUUAUUUGGACGACGUCGUUCUGGUCUCAGCCCAGUUGGGUCCUGGCUCCCCUGCAUUCUGGGUGGAGAAGUGCCGUUGUCCGACAGGUUACGAAGGACAGUUUUGUGAGCGCUGUGCUGCUGGGUAUAAAAGACGCUUCCCAGAACAGGGUGUCCGUAGCCAGUGUGAGCCAUGUGCCUGUCUGGGAGGAAGCUGCGAUCCUGAAACAGGGGACUGCUACUCAGCUGAUGAGACUUCUACUGGACAAGUCUGUGAUACUGGUUACUACAGCGACCCUGAGCUUCCUGGGGCCUGCAAGAAGUGCCCAUGCUCCACAGGGCAGACCUGUUCGCUCAUUCCAGGGACCCUAAGAGUAAAAUGUAAAUGCCCAUCUGGGACCACAGGCUCUCGGUGCCAAAAGUGCAUCGAUGGUUUCUAUGGCGAUCCUCUUGGAGAGAGUGGAGUUCAGCGACCCUGCCAGCGCUGUCACUGUAAUGGGCACUUGGACUUAAAUGCCGUGGGCAACUGCGACCCUUUAACGGGGGAGUGUUUCAAAUGCCUGAACAACACCACAGGCUUUCAGUGUGAGAAGUGUCUGGAGGGAUUCUUUCACAGCAAAGCUGGCGAUUCAUGUCGAGCUUGUAAAUGCAACCCAAAGGGAUCAAUCUCCAGCUUGUGCAAUGAUCUAGGCCAGUGCAAAUGUAAAGAGGGUUUUAAUGGACCAAAGUGUGUCAAAUCCACAUGCCCAUCAUGCUUCAACCCGGUUAAGAGCCAGAUUCAGAUGUAUGUGAAGAAGCUGCAGCAGGUGGAAGCUCUUUUUAAUGAAGUGGGGAACGGUGGUGUGGACAUCACUAGUGCCAUGGAGGAAGCAAUCAGCACCGCUGAACAAAUGGUCAAGACUGUGGAAAGUGAAACAGACUCACUUAUUGAGGCAGAGAAGAAUCUUCAAGCCCAGCUGUUAGCCAUUGGCGGCCGUCAGUUGCAAGAUGAGAAAAAAGUCCAGAACCUCUCGAAGAUCGUAGAGAAGGUUGUCUGGCACGAGCGGCAAUAUCAGAGAGAAGUGGCUGACAUCCAAAAACUCAUCAGUGAUAUUAGGCAAAACCUGCAAAAGGCCAAACAGGACAUCCAGGCAGUCGACAUCCCCUUGCGUGAUGCGGUUCCAGGCACAAACUUCGUGUCUGAUUUGGUUCAGAAAGCAAACGAUCUCGCUCAGAAGCACAUGGGUCAAGCAGCUUCAGUGGAGCAGACAGCGAAGAGCUCUCUUUUGGAGUCUGAGAACGCUCUGGCUCUUAUGCGCAACGUAAUCAGCGGAGAAAACAAAGUGAGAGAGCAACUUAAUGGCCUCAGGACGCAGUACGAUGCAGAUAUGGACCUGGUCAAUGCCAUGAACAAGCAGGCGGCUCGUGUGAGUAACGCAGCGGAGACAGAAAGCUCAGUGGCACUGGGUACCCUGAAACAGAUCGCUGACCUGGAGAAAAACCUUCCAAAGGUUCCAAAGGACAUCACUGGCUUGGUUGCCUCACUUGAUGGUCUGAAGAAAUCCUACGGGAAUGACGUGUCAGGGUUCCUGGAGCUGCAAGAGCAGUUUGGGGCUGAUCAGAAAGAAGCAGUGGAUCUAAUGAAUCAGCUCAAAGGCGCUCAGGAGGUCCAGAAUAACCUGCUUGCCAGGGCCAACAUUGCCAAAGGAGAUGCGGAUAAAGCUCUGACUCUCUUUAACAAUCUGGGCAGUGUGGAUCAAGCUCUGGAGAAGCUCAAAGGAUUUGAAACCCAGAUCGAUAAUAGUAAGGCGCUGGCUGAUGAUGCUCUCAGUAAACUGCCUAUGAUUAGUGAAAUCAUUAAGACAGCUGUGGUCAACAAUGACAAGACCCAGGGCAUUCUGGACCAGAUGGUUGACUACAGUGAUACUUUCAACAACCUUAACCUCUCUCUGGCCAAACUGGAGAAAUUGACGGGUUCCCUGCCGCCCUCGACUGAUCUUUUGAAAACAGCUUCGACACUAAGGGGAGGUCUGGAGGGGCUAAACAGCCAAGCAGACGCAGCCAUGAAGAAACUGCUGAAUGAGAAAACAAAUGCAGAGAGAGACCUGAAGCAAGCUGAGGAGGUUGAAUGGGGGGCCAGUGGAGCAUAUAUUAAUGCGAAUCUCACUAGAGAUGCUGUCGGAGAUGCUUUGCAUACCGUUAAUAACCUUUUAGGAUUACUUGGAAAACCAGGAGCUGUAGAUGAAAAGAAGGUGUCGGAUCUGGAAAAGGCUAUAGCUACAAGCCGUAGACGUGUAGAUACAGAGCUCAGGCCCAGGCUCAAAGACCUAGAGGACAAAGAGGCUUUGCAGAAAGCUUCCAUCGCUCGCAUGAUCAACGAUAUCGACACCAUCCUGGCUGACAUCGACAACCUCGAGCACAUUUACCGAACCAUUCCAGACGGCUGCUAUAACACUCCGCCCAUCGAGAGGGCUUAGUGGUCUAAUAUAAGAAACGGACUAUAGAAAAAUGCCUCAGAGACUUUUUGAAAUUGACAUUGCUUUACAUUUAAUGUGCAUUUUUUCAGUAGAUGAUACUAACUAUAUUUAUGAGUUUCUUUAAAAAAAAAAAAAAAAGACGAAAGAUUAGGAUACUGUUUUAUUUUAUUUUUUUAUUCACACAUUCAUUUUGUAUAAUGUCGUACUUAAAGCAAGUGUGUCUGCAAAGCCAACGUGUGCAAACAGUCAUAUAAUUUUGCAACCUGACAGUAUUUAUUGUAUGUAUGGUGCUGUUGAAUAAAAUGUUGAAGAUA